CCGUUGCCAAUCAAUCUCUGAGGCGGAGGAGGAGGGUCCUUCCGGCCGGGCCCAGGGCGCUCUCUGUGCGCGUUGAAGGACGUCGGCUUCGGGCUUGGCGGCUUCGAGAAGAUUGAAAUCAUGGCAGGUCCAGAAACUGAUGCCCAAUUCCAGUUCACUGGAAUUAAAAAGUAUUUCAAUUCUUACACGCUCACAGGCAGAAUGAAUUGUGUACUUGCCACCUAUGGAGGCAUUGCUUUGCUGGUUAUGUACUUCAAGUUAAGGUCUAAAAAAACCCCAGCUGUGAAAGCAACAUAAGUGGAUUACAAAUUGUUUCCCCAUCCGCCCCAAUGACUGAAGAAGCUAAUUCAACUCAACAUGUGGUAACUCAGUUUGUACAAUAAAUUAUGAACCUGGAAAA